GUUUAAAAAGUUUCAUAAUAAAAAAAGUCGGCAUGUUUCUUAUCAAAUUACAGCAUUUUGAAUUUUUUUUUAGAAAACAUUAUUUUGGGAAUUUUUCGGCAAAUUCCUAAUUUUGAGGAGAAUUUAAGAGGACAGAAACUACAACACAAUAACUUAGGCUACAAUAGGCUUCCAUUGUUCCACAGACCAGUAACUGUCUGCUUCAAAAGAAGUUUUAAACGCAGCAUUACUAAAACCUAACGGUCACAAGACUCGAUUAAAAACCGUUAACUAGUUCAGGGUCCGCUUGUAAUUUAUAACACCGUACAUUUGGCCUGGAACCACAGCCUUCACCUCCACUGUCCCAGCACAAUAACAGGGGCAGGGCUUCUUUAAGAAAGUGACAACAAGCAGCGGUGGAGAAGUUGGUCGUGAACUGGACAGCAACGGGUGAAAGUGAAGGCAUCUCCAAACUUUUCCUGCUGGUCUUGUAGAACCUCAGUUUACGGUGUCACUUUUCCGUCGGUUUGUUCCCCGAAUAUGACGAGAAUCGCUUCGCUUUCGCGCGCUGUUUGUCGCUGACCGAGUGACUGGCUCUACCACCCGGAGAAAAGGGAACCAUGCGCGAGGAAAAACUUGUGGAAUGAUGCCCGAGCGCCUGCAUCUCUCCCUCCUUCCAGAGUUCAGCUAAGCUUUGAGUCUUCAAGCCACCGACACAGACCACAUCACAUCACAUCUUGGAUGAAGUGGCAGCUGCUAUGAUGAAGGUGACAGUGACCUUUGGGCAGACAGGUGUGGUGGUGCCCUGCAAGGAGGGCUGGACGGUGAGGGACCUCAUCCAACAAGCCACACAGAGAUACAAAAAACUCCUGGAACAGGAAGGCGACUUCUUUGUCCGGACUCAUCAUGUUGAAUACUGCGAUGGAGGAAUCCUGGACCCAGAUGAUAUACUCAGUGAUCUGGUUGAAGACAAGGACAAGCUGAUGGCGGUGUAUGAGGAACAGGAAGCCCAGCACAGGGACGGCGCUAACACAAGCUUAGCCCCCAGUCCUGAACUCUACCAGACCGAGCUCUCAGCGUUUCAGCCAAUCACAGGAGGAGAGAUUGAAGUUAAUUCCUCUGUGCUCAAGUCCAACACGCCGCUGUUGGUGAGGAGUAGCAGUGACUCGGCUCUCGGUCCUCAGAUCAAAGAGAAUGAACCUUCUCAUAAUGAGGACGCCACUGAGACGGGAGCCGUCCCUGCUGGAGAACGGCCUGCAGGGAUUGACCGAGCACCAGGAAAACACAGCUUCAGUAGCAGCCUGAUCAGAACGUUGGAGAUCCUGGGAGAAGAUAGUCCACUUGGGAUCCACGUGGUGCCCUACUGCUCCUCGCUCAGUGGUCGGCCUCUGGGUCUGUACGUCCGUGGCGUGGAGGAGGAGAGUCGCUCCAGGAGGGAGGGCUUGUUCCAGGAGGACGAGUGCAUCGUCAGGAUCAACAACACUGACCUCAUGGACAAGACGUUCAGCCAAGCGCAGGAAGUCUUUCGCCAGGCGAUGCACUCCCCGGUGGUCCGAUUGGACGUGGUUCCCUCCUCCAACAGAGAACGCUAUGAAAAGAGUCUGAUUGGUCAGCUGUUUGGCAACGGCACCGUUGUGGACAACGGCCCCAGCAUCCCCAGGAGUAAAGAGCCCCCGCCUGUCAAAGCCAAACCUGUGUUUAAGCCUCACGAGAAUCCAGGCGCACGGUCAGCAGAGGAUGCGGCCGCUCUGGAACCUUCUCUCAGUAUUUCUAAAGGCAGGAGUGAGAGUCCUCUCUAUAAGAAAAAUCCACCUCUCACCAGCCUCGUGGCCAAUAAGAGAAAUGGCCGAAGACUGAGGAUUGACUUGUCCAAAGGCUCAGAAGGUCUUGGUUUCACUGUAGUGACCAGAGACUCCUCAGUCCACGCUCCUGGACCCAUUCUAGUCAAAAACAUUCUGCCGCGCGGAGCUGCUGUCAAAGACGGACGCCUGCAGCCUGGGGAUCGCAUCCUGGAGGUCAAUGGCGUGGAUAUCACAGGUGUCAACCAAGAGGAGUUGGUGUCCAUGCUGCGCAGCACUCGUCCAGGAGAGAGCGUCUCCCUGGUGGUCCUCAGGCUGGAGGACUUGUUCCUGCCCAGAGAAAUGAAGGAGAUGUCCAGUAUCACGGGCUACGCGUUGGAGAAUGGGAAGGAGCAGCUCAUGUUUGAGGUUCCCCUCAACGACACCGGCUCGGCAGGACUGGGCGUCAGCCUCAAAGGGAACAAGUCCAGGGAGACGGGAGAGGGUCUGGGAAUCUUCAUCAAGUCCAUCAUCCACGGAGGAGCUGCCUACAAGGACGGACGUCUGUGUGUCAACGACCAACUGGUAGCUGUCAACGGAGAGACGCUGCUGGGACUUUCUAACCACGAGGCCAUGGAGACGCUGCGUCGCUCAAUGUCACAGGAAGGAAACGUCAGAGGGACCAUCCAGCUGGUGGUGCUGAGGAGUCAGAAGGAUCAUGUUGGCACGUCACCAAAUCGCUCCUUCGACGGCUCCUUCGGUCUUUCAGGGCUGAUGAGUCCAGGAUUUGGGCCUACGGGAUUGGUCAGUCCGGCCAAUCACCCUCACAUGGUCAACAACUCUUUCUAUGGGUCCAGUGUGACCAAUGGCAGUUAUUCCCACAUGGAUGAGGAGGAGGACGGAGAACUGUACGGACAUGAAGACUUCAGUGGCUCCGCCCAACAUUCCUACCUGCAGGAAAGAGAAACUUCUCACGCCUCCAGUCAGGCUCAGCCCCAGUUCCAGAACCAGACCCAGACCCAGACCCAGACCCAGCGUCAGUUCCAGCACGUCAAGGCGUCCAAGAGCAUGGACCUGGGUACGACUCAGAACCAGCAGCACUCUGUGGCAGACGAGAGCAACGUGGGAUCCCUGAUGGGAAACACUGCAGCUCCGCUCAGUCCGGUGGAACUCGGUCCGACCCUUGGCCUGAAGAAGUCCAGUUCCCUGGAGAGUCUCCAGACGGCCAUGUCCGAGGUCAACAGGAAAAACGAACUCCUUCCCUUCCACCGUCCUCGCCCAAAUAUGGUCAGAGGAAGAGGCUGCAACGAGAGCUUCAGGGCAGCCAUCGAUAAGUCGUACGACGGGCCGCCGGAAGACGACGACGACGACGGCUCAGACCUGAGCUCGGGCCGUGACACCCCCGCCAGUAGUUCGUCCCGUCAGGGUGUGGGCGACCAAGUGGAGGAGAAGGGCAAGAAAGAGAAGAAAAAGAAAACCAAAGUCAAGAAGAAAGAGAAGAACAAGGCAAAAGGAAAAGACAAAGAGAAAAAGAAGACGGAGGAGCCGGAAGAGACGGAAAAGAAGAGCAAGAAAAUUGGCUUCGGCCUCCUGAGAUUGGGGAAGAAAAAAGACGACAAGAAGGUUUCCAAAGCUGCUCAGUCCAAACUGAAGUCAGAGAUGCUGAGUGACCACGAGUUUGAGAGGAUGAAGGAGGAGAGAGAGAGAAUUGAGUCAGCGCAUCCUGAGCUCCAGGCCCAGCGGUCCAGAGACCAGCAGGGCGGCGGUGCUAGGUCCACGUAUCCGAACGUAGAGGACGACGACGCAGACCCCAACUACGCCCGGAUACAGAACUUCAGGGACCGGGAUGCGGUGUCGGGGCCUCAGUCUCCUCCUUACAGCUCCGUUCAGCACAACCACGGCCUCGCCGCUUCUCCACAGACCGCCGCCGCCGCUGCUUUCCCAGGGCAUGGAAAUUACCCCAACAACCCGGUGGCCGUCCCUGAUGAUGACCAAAUUGACAGGCUCUACGCCAAGGUCAACAAACCAAGGGCGACUGGGCCUAAUUCACCGCCUGCGUCGGCCGCCAGUGACAGGAUCCAGCAGCUGAGACGAGAGUACCAGCAGGCCAGGAGAGAAGGGAUGGUCCCACCGUACGAUGAGCUGGAGCCACGACGUAGAGGACAGGAACAGGUGGCAGGCAGAGGGACAGACCCUCGGUUGGCGCCGCCGUAUGAAGAAGUGGAACGUCAGUACGCCUCCUUACCAAGACGCGGUCCUUUAGACCCCGGAGACUACCCCCUACAGACCUGGUCCGGUCAUUAUCCUGGAUCUCCUCCUGCCCCACAGGGAUACCAGCAGCCCAUGUCUUACCCUAACCUCAACUCCCAGUCUGGUCCACCUUACUCUGGCUACCCACCUGGUCAACAGUACGCACGUCCAAGUGACCCACGGGGCGUGGACCCAGGCUACUAUCCCCACCCCAGCUCACAACAGAGAGGACCUUUACGACAGGAUGUGCCCCCAUCUCCGACCCCUCCCCUCAGGGCGCUGCGGUACGAUACUAUGAUGCGUGGAACUGGGGCCGGAGGCUACAGGUAGUGGAGUUCUCUGACGGAACGUCCCUGAGAUGAAUGAAGCUUCAGUGUGGAGAUAAUUGAAGAUGACAGCAGCACCAAACCAAGACCAGACUGAAGGAUGCCGCGACUGCAGCUGUUGGCGACUGUUAGCUUCCCUCCUUUUUCUACUGCAACCCUUAUAUGUACAGGAAAACACGCUAGAGCAGGUUCAUAACAGGUUCAUAACAAGUUAAUAACAGGUUAAUAACAGGUUAAUAACAGGUUAAUAACAGCACAGAAACUCAGAUGAUCAGUAUUUUAUAGAAAUAAAGUCGCAGCAGGAAAAUCACUGUCCUUAACAACAAUCAUCAGUCUACAGUCCUGAACAAUCGUUUUGACUGUUGUCAGUCAGACUGUCAGUCGUAGACUUACUGACAGUCAGUCUCUGUCCCAAGUCGGGCCGCUUACCAGAGGUUGAAAUCUGAACAAACACGAGGUGAGUGUUGAUGUUGGGAUUUUAUGAUCCAGGUCCAAUGAUUUCCUUCAGUGUGUUUAAAUGACAGCCUGUUAUUCUGCCUGUGUUCAAAACUUUAAUCUGAUUAAUUUCACAUACUAAUUCACAGGGUCAUCUUGACAUUUGACCCUAAAUAACGUUUAUAUUUUAGUAAACAACAGAGAAGGAAGCAACAAAUCAAGGAGUUUGCGUUGAUAAAGCACAUGCUCCUUUAUUAGAAAAUAUACCACCUCACCUUUCUAUCCAGAUUUAUACUGCCUCCUGUGUACAAACAGUGUGCGGCACAUUUUUGUUUUUUUCGCACUUUCGUAGAAUCUGUAUUUACGCUGCGGCUUUAUUUCCAUGAAAUGAAGUACUUUUAAAGGUCACAAAUACUUUGUUGAAUUCAUGAAGUAUCACGACUUGUCCACCGUCCUCACUGGUGUAAGAAUUCUGUCCAUUUAAAUGAAGCCACUGAAGAUAACAAAAUACAUUUUGAUUUCCCCUGGUAGAUGGCGCUGUGACACUGGCAGUAGGUCAGCGGUCUCCUGCUCCAUCUCUCCCGUCAGUCAACCGUCACAAACAGAUGUCGACACCAGUUGUUGUCGAGUUUAAAGUCUUAGUUCUGUUUUUCAAACCACUGCAGUAUUUCUUUGAGAUACAUUUUACUACAUGUAUUACAGUACCAGUACCACAGACUGUGGGUGAAAUACCACUGAAUAAUGUAUUUGGAAAAUAAUGAGAUUGAAACCAGUGACAAAGAUCGUGAAAUCGAUGUUGAAGUGAAUCCCUUUAGAGGGCGCUAUAGUUUUACAGUUGGAGAAAAUAAGAGUAUCAAGGAAGAGUCGGGGGUUUGAGGGAUCGAGAUAAAGAGGGAAACAAAACAGAUGACAGACGAAAGGAAGUGAAAGAAAUGGUACAAACUGACGCACUUCAGGAGUCGACGAGUUUUUUAAAAUGCUUUUAUUGAAUAAAUGUAGUUAUUUUGGAAAUAAUAAAUAAACUUUGUAUGACUUUUUAAGGUAUUACUGAGGUAGUAAGGCACAUUCCUUUGUGUAAAACUCAUUAGUCAGGUAUAAAAAAAAUCCAGACGGCUGAAUGUGAGGCUCGUACUCCCUGUGGCUCCGUGCCAACGCUGCAGCCGACAUUAGCUUAGCAAUUAAACCCACACUGUGGUGAAUGUGUGUCGUUUUAACAAACGAUGCAUGAGCGCUAGCUGGAGUGUAAAUGUCUUAUUAAUGUUGCAUGUACAACACCGUAAUAAACUAACGUGAGCCUUUGUUUUAGCCAAAGCUACAUGUCUGGUCUGUGCUGGGACUUUACAACUCGUAAAGUCGUAAAAAAAAAAAAAAUCACAUUAUUUAAAAAUGAAUCCGGCUUAUGUUGAGCUUUUACACCAAAAAAUGGAAGGAAAUCCAGCCGGUGGCCAUUACCUGGGUAAUAAAGAUGUUCUUUCCACGUACCAUUAAUAAAAAAUGGAUGUGCUGAAGUCAACCUCGGUACAAAAGACUCAGUAUCAACAAAACUUUUAUGAAUUUAAUAACUGAUCGACCGGAUGUUUAACAGUCCGAUUAGUUUGACCUUGAAUGCCUCGUCACAUCAGUUGGCGUCUGAAGCUUCUUCACGUCUUUGACCACAAAAAAUAUUAUAUGUUGUUGACAAAAACAAAUAAGAAAAAACAUCAGAUUUUCAAAAAUAAUAAAAUAGCGCUACAGUUUACAGCACCUUCUUUUUACAUACAGUCACUGAAUGCUGGAUUAUUGAUCAACUGUGAACAUUCCAAGAAGGCAGUGGAACCCAAACCUUCUCAGCAGCGCCACCUUUUUGUAGAUAGUACAACAACCACUUUGACACAUUCACAACUGGAUUAAAUCAUGCAUAAAAGUAACAAAACUCUACAGUUUUAACUAAACAAGUGUGUUUUUACCACCAUGACAGAGUAAAGAAAAUAUUCAAAUCAAAUUAAUUAAUUGAUUUUUCUCAAAACCACUGCAUUACAGGGUUACUGUAACAUUUCACUUAUUCCAACAUUUUCUUUCAAUUUUUUCAAGUUUUUUUUUCUUUUUGUUUCUGUUUUGGUCUAAUUACAGGAAGUGAUUUGUCGAUGACUUUUUGAUUUUUUUUGGCAGUACAGAAUGACUUGCACAAGAUGAAGGUACAAACCAGAGUUCUGGUUCACUUGGUUGUUUAUUUAGAGACCAGAGAUGAAGGAGCCAACUAUUACUCUCACUCCUUUUUUUUCCUUUUUUUUUUUAUUACUUCACCUGUAUCCAAAAGUUUUUUAAAUUCAUUUUAUACAGUUGUUACAUUGUUUUCCUACAUUUUAUAUUUAUGUUAUAACUUUCUCUUUUUUGCAUUAAAACAUCCAUUUUAAACACAGUUUGGUGGAGAUGCCUCUGUUUUCUUUGGUGUUGAAGUGUAAAGUGUAACCUCUUUGAUUUCUUUCUUCUUCUUCUCUCCUCUUAGGCUACAGUGCUGGGCCAGCACAUCUGCAGAGGUUAAUUAAAUACGAGUCAGGAGAAAUGAUUUCCCCGUGUCCCCCCUACCCUGCAAGGUGAAUCAUUAACACUGCCAACCCAAUUUAGCCCGUCGUUUAAGCAGCUGAUAAAUGGGAUCUUUUGUGAUAAGAGAUAAAUGUUGGCCCGAAAAUUAAUGCAGGACUAAUUAUCAAUUAGACAAAAGAAGAUGAGCAGCACCGAUUGCACUGCAAAGUUUGUGAGUUUUUCUGGCUCCUUGCCGCAGCUGGCUCCGUUUUAGUCCCACUUUUAAUAAGUUUUCCGUCACAGUCGGUGGUUUUAGGUUUUAGUUGCUGCUGCUGUUACUGAGUGGACUGAAAUCUCUGGAGAUACCGAUACCAACGUCGGUAUCAAAUACUAAUACAUUGGUACAAGGCAGGGUAAGUACGAUGAUUUCUAUUAGUGUAUUUUUUGUACACACAAUCUCUGUAUUUCUACGGAGUUCCUAAAGAAAAAAUACAAUGUUUCGCUAAACGUUUGUUUGUUUAUUUUCCCCCAUGUCCCUUUAGGGCCUCCGUAAGUUUUUUUUUUAUGUUAUGAAUCUUAUAAGUACUUUUAUUUACUUCAUUCAAAUAGUAUUUUAAAUGUGCCGAUCCGUUUUAGCGAUCCUUUAAGAAACGACGUACAUCGACGUGGAUCUAAUCAACUUCGGUACGACCUCAACUUUGUUGUGUGCAGAUUGUUCGAUUAUCACUUAGUGAAUCGCCGCUAACGAUGUACGUAAAUAUGCUGCGUCGUUCUGCUCCACCAUCGCCGGUGUCGUCAUUUCCGGCUACAACCUUAUUGGCUGAUAAGUAGACCUAGCUAUUAGCGACUAAUCAUACACUGUGAGGAAAAUUAUCCUAAAUUUCUGACAACGCUACAGUUUUAUCUCGGGUUUUCUUUGGUUUCGAGACGCUGAUAACGGCCGUCCUUCAACCCGUCUCUUAGUGCGACGUUAGACCAACGUUUUAGAGCCACGGCUGAAAAUGUCGCCACGGCGGACAUUUUUAACUUGGAACAGCCCAAAGUCGCACAGGGUUUCCCCGCCAUUCUCGGCCGAUUAUGUAAGCAAAUUAACAAUGUCAUCAGUUUCUAUUUCAACAUCAGGAACGAAAAUAACGGAAUAGAAACUACUGAGAGAUUCGUUCUGUGAGGACGCGACCUGUAUUUGAACCUCAGCUCUGAACACAGAAGUUUCUACGUCACAGCGGACAGAUGACGAGGUUUACACCUGGUCAGGAUAUUAGCUAAGGUACAGAGUCGACAUGUUAGUCUGUCUGUUUCCAGACAAACACUCUAAAUAUUUAUUCAGAGUGUAAAAUUAACCUGACCUUAAUGUUUUUCCACU